GUUGAGCACGUGCCGGCGAGCAGAGAGCUGUGUCACUGGAGAAGAGAAGAGAAGAAGACGAAAGGGGGUGAAGACCCCAGCAAAGCUCUUCUCUUGUUGCAAGCCAUGAUCUCGCAGUUGUUCGUGCUCUCUCAGCGCGGCGAUAACAUCGUCUUCCGCGAUUAUCGUGGCGAGGUGCCAAAGGGAAGCGCGGAGAUAUUCUUUCGGAAGGUGAAGUUUUGGAAAGGAGAUGAACCUGAGGAGGCUCCCCCUGUCUUUAAUGUGGAUGGGGUUAACUACAUUCAUGUGAAAGUUGCUGGAUUGUUAUUUGUGGCAACCACUAGAGUCAAUGUCUCACCAUCACUUGUUAUUGAGCUUCUACAAAGAAUUGCCCGUGUCAUCAAAGACUACCUUGGCGUUCUCAAUGAAGAUUCUUUACGGAAAAAUUUUGUUCUUGUGUACGAAUUACUCGAUGAAGCCAUUGACUUUGGUUAUCCACAGACUACAUCUACAGAAGUUUUGAAGUCUUAUGUAUUUAAUGAACCGAUAGUGAUUGAUGCUGCACGCCUGCCACCUCUUGGGCCUGCAGCCAUGUUUAUGCAAGGAAGCAAAAGGAUGCCAGGUACUGCUGUUACAAAAUCUGUUGUAGCUAAUGAGCCUGGUGGUAGAAAGAGAGAGGAAAUUUUUGUUGACAUCAUUGAAAAAAUAAGUGUGACAUUCAGCUCUAGUGGCUACAUACUUACCUCUGAGAUUGAUGGCACCAUUCAAAUGAAGAGUUACCUUACAGGAAAUCCAGAAAUACGUUUGGCCCUCAAUGAGGAUCUGAGCAUUGGCAGAAGUGGCGGAGGAUCUGUCUAUGAUUAUAGUAGCUCUGCUGGAGGGGGCAUUGUGGUUCUUGACGAUUGUAACUUUCAUGAAUCUGUACAUCUAGACAGCUUCGACUCUGACAGGACUUUGACUUUGGUACCUCCUGAUGGGGAAUUUUCUGUGAUGAACUAUCGUAUGACUCAAGAGUUCAAGCCUCCUUUUCGUAUUAAUGCCUUAGUUGAAGAAGCUGGAUCAUCUAAGGCUGAAGUUAUUCUGAAGAUUCGGGCUGACUUCCCUUCAAGUGCUACUGCAAACACAAUCUCAGUACAAAUGCCACUGCCAACUUACACAACAAGAGUCAGUUUUGAGUUGGAAGCUGGGGCUGUUGGACAAACAACAGAUUUCAAGGAAGGAAGCAGGAAAUUUGAAUGGUGUCUGAAGAAGAUUGUUGGUGGAUCUGACCAUACUCUCCGUGCAAAGCUCACAUUUUCUCAGGAAUCUCAUGGAAAUAUCACAAGGGAAGCAGGCCCUGUAAGCAUGAAUUUCACCAUACCAAUGUACAAUGCAUCAAGGCUUCAAGUGAGAUACUUACAGAUUGCCAAAAAGUCGAAAACCUAUAAUCCGUAUCGGUGGGUGAGAUAUGUCACACAAGCGAAUUCUUAUGUUGCUCGGUUGUGAGGAACACUUCAGACAAACAGAACAAAAUUUCAGUUGUGAAUUAUGAACAUCUGUGAAUUACAAACAUUUGCAGAACUUCAGAUAGUAUGUUUGUAUUGUUGAUGAGAGGUUGAACUGUGUUUUGCUCUAUUUUGGAUUCAUUUAUUUCAGUUAUUUAGGCUUUUAAUUACUUGGAAAACAUGAAGAGCUAAUGGACAUUCUUUUGAUUCGCUGUGUAAA